AUGUUGUUCAAACAUUGGAAUGAGUUCGUUGAACCAAGGCACCACUUGGACGCCCCUGUGAUGGUUCCAAACCAGGAAUCCUUACAGGCGCUGCCUCUUCCUACAGUCACCGUCCCUGCAGGUUUCGACUGGGGGAAGGUACGAGACUGUGAUCCUGACCAUAAGAUCAUGAAUCCAUUAUUCAAUACAAGUCACACACACGCGAUGACACGAGGGGAACUGGUCACGUCCUUGCAGCUAAAUGAGUCUGUUGUCUCGCAAGCCGCUACAGAACUGUCACAGCAUUGGGAUUACAGGGAAAACUUUCCUAAUGAGUUCGACCCAGCGAGUGACACAAGAGAGGAUACCAAAUCCAUAGUGUUGAGGCUCCCCAUCGUAGAGCUGAAUGGUAUGAACACUCUUUUGAUAUCAGUGGAUGAGAAUUUCCUAAAGGUGUCGCCCAUCUUCACUAACGUAGUUGCUAGAAAGUUAAGGACCCUUUUGAACACGCAGACGAAGAUUCUUUUGGUGGGAUCGUCGGAUAAAAUAUACUCCACCAAAAUGGUUUCGUUGAACGAAUGUACACUGCAACCUCCAGAGUUCAUCACUGGGUUUCUUGGCGGCAUGAUAGACGAACUAGUGAAAAACAGAUUCAGCAACUUCAAAGGAUUUAUAGUGCAAAGCGAGGGUCCAACAGGGUUUGAGAAACUGUCUUUAGAAUCCAUGGAUGAAUUGAUCGAUUUUAUCAUCGAUGAAUGGAGCAGCUACAAUAUCAACGCUGAUGCAUUUAGGGAGAAUUGUCAUAAAUUAUGGAAAUUAGAUGGUGCCGCAAUGAGUGCGCAAUCAGGUUUAUACAUUUAA